AAAUAUCAAAUCUUAUUUUCCUUCGGAUUUCAGUAUUCUCUCGUUCUUUUCCCGGGACCCAGACAAACUCUAAGAACAAGAAAAUGGCACCAAAAGCUGAGAAGAAGCCAGCUGAGAAGAAGCCAGCGGAGGAGAAGAAGACGGUAGCUGAGAAAGCCCCUGCCGAGAAGAAGCCAAAGGCAGGCAAAAAGCUUCCCAAGGAAGGCGGAGCUGCGGCCGGAGACAAGAAGAAGAAGAGGGUCAAGAAGAGUACUGAGACCUACAAGAUCUACAUCUUCAAGGUCUUGAAGCAAGUUCACCCUGAUAUCGGUAUCUCAAGCAAGGCUAUGGGAAUCAUGAACAGCUUCAUCAAUGAUAUCUUUGAAAAGCUUGCCCAAGAAUCGUCUAGGCUCGCAAGGUACAACAAGAAGCCUACCAUCACUUCCAGGGAAAUCCAGACCGCUGUUAGGCUUGUACUUCCCGGUGAGCUUGCGAAACACGCCGUUUCUGAAGGGACCAAGGCCGUUACCAAGUUUACAUCUUCUUGAAAAAUGUGAUUUGUGGUUAGGGUUAGGGUUUUCAUUUUAAAAGUAGAUCUCGUUGUAUUUCUCUACCGUUGUGAAUCAUUCUGCUCUUCUGUUAUAUGAUUCCGUGUGUAUUUUGAAGAUGGAUCUGCUCGAUCCUGAUUUGAACAUGUUAGAAUUGAAUGCAAUUAAAUACUAAAAUUUAGCGUAUUUUCUUGGAAAA